GAGGUAAAAAAAGGAAAGUUAUAAGAGAAAAUGGGAAGCAAAUAUUCAGAGGAGAAAAAAGAACAAUAAUUCUAGCUAACCAAAAAACACAUCAUCAACAUCAGCAACAACCAGAAAUUGCUUUUCUCUAAUCCAUCAUCACCCUCCCUCCCUUCCUCUUCUCUCAGUUGGGGCUGUUUUUAGAUUUUGAUCACUGACCCAACUCUGUAAAGUUUCAAUCUUUUUCAUUAUUACCAUAGUUUUAUUAUCACCCAACUCCUCAAAUUAUCUUAAUGUGAAUGUUAUAUGCACAGAUCUUAAUAUGCUUUGACCUAGCUGAAUAGCCCUGAGUCUAUGUGGACCUCAGCUAAAAGAAGAAUAGUGAAGAGUAGAUAUUUAUUCGUUUAGGCAGGCACGAAUGCGGAUCAUAUAGAGCUUGUAUGUUGUUUUAGGGUGGUGGAAGAUAAGGAUUUUGGGUGGAUGAGAUCUUCACCGGCUCGCUAAAAAUUGGUUUUGAUCAUCUUGGUUUUGCUGCUUAGACUUUUCAGAUUGAUGGAAGUUCCAUUUUGAGAGUGUUUCAAUCAGCUAAACACUACAACCACAAGAUUAUAUAUUCAAGUGAUGAUCAAGCAGCUACUCAAUAGGCUCCCUAAGAAGCCGUCCAAGUCAGCAGACAAUCGUGAUGGAGGAAGCUCUGCAUCACCAUCAAAUGCUUCAACUAGUUCAAGAAGCAGUGAUUUGUCUAGUUCGCGGUCAGGAAAUUCGAGUGCCACUACUGUUUCAGGAGUCACUUCUUCUUCAACUCCAGGACUGAAUCACGGAAACAGGCUACCACAGUCUGUAAAUGCUAAGGUGAAUGGAAAUGCAGCGGUUUUUCCGUGUGAGACCUUGCCUAGUUUUAAAGAUGUACCAAGUUCUGAGAAGCAAAACUUGUUCAUCAAAAAGCUGAACUUAUGCUGUGUAUUACUUGACUUCACUGAUCCAACAAAACACUUGAAAGAAAAAGACAUCAAGCGACAGACACUAGUGGAGCUUGUUGAUUAUGUUAGUUCUGCGAAUGGGAAAUUCACAGAAACUGUCAUUCAAGAAAUAGUUAAAAUGGUGUCUUCAAAUCUGUUUAGGCCUUUUACUCCUCAGCCUCGUGAAAACAAAGUAUUAGAAGCUUUUGACUUAGAAGAAGAUGAACCCUUGAUGGAUCCCGCAUGGCCGCAUUUGCAAAUUGUGUAUGAGUUUUUCCUCAGAUUUGUGGCAUCACCAGAGACGGAUGCGAAACUGGCUAAGAGAUACGUUGAUCACUCUUUUGUUUUGAAGUUAUUAGAUCUCUUUGAUUCAGAAGAUCCGAGAGAGAGGGAGUACUUGAAGACUGUUUUGCACCGUAUAUAUGGAAAAUUCAUGGUGCACCGCCCUUUCAUUAGGAAAUCAAUCAACAAUAUAUUUUACCGGUUUAUUUUUGAAACUGAGAAGCAUAAUGGAAUAGCAGAACUUUUAGAAAUUUUGGGCAGUAUAAUCAAUGGAUUUGCGCUUCCACUGAAGGAAGAGCACAAGUUGUUCCUAGUUCGAGCUCUGAUUCCCCUUCAUAAACCAAAGUGUGUACAAAUGUAUCAUCAGCAGUUAUCUUACUGCAUAACACAAUUUGUGGAAAAGGAUUGCAAACUCGCUGAUACUGUCAUAAGAGGUUUGUUGAAAUAUUGGCCCAUCACAAACAGUUCCAAGGAAGUAAUGUUCUUAGGUGAGCUGGAGGAGGUUCUAGAAGCUACUCAGCCUCCAGAAUUUCAGCGUUGUAUGGUGCCUUUGUUUCGUCAAAUCAGCCGUUGCUUGAGCAGCUCACACUUUCAGGUGGCUGAAAGGGCUUUGUUCCUAUGGAACAAUGAUCAUGUUGAGAGCCUAAUCAAACAGAAUCGUAAAGUUAUACUGCCGAUAAUUUUCCCUUCCUUGGAGAAGAAUGCAAGAGGCCACUGGAAUCAGGCAGUGCAAAGCUUGACAUUAAAUGUCCGCAAGAUCUUCUGUGAUGUUGAUCCUGAACUUUUUGAAGAGUGUUUGCACAAGUUUGAAGAGGAUCAGGCCAACGAAGAGGAGGUGAAGAGGAAACGUGAAACGACUUGGAGACGGUUAGAGGAGCUUGCUGGAAUGAAAGCUGCUAGCAAUGAGCCAGUGCUAGUUUCUCCUAGGACAACGCCUCAUUCGUCGUCUGGCUAGAGACUGGAUAUCUUUGUUACUGUUGCUUUUCCCUUGAUGAGCUGACCAAUAUGCUAACUGAGGAUGGAAAUUGCGAAAAUGAGGUGGAUCCAAUGAAACACGUUAACAGGUUUCUGAUACAACCUGAAAAUUUUGCUUUCCCAGGUCUCACAGUGUGAUACCAACUCUGUGCUCAUUUAGAGGCAAGGACUGUACAUAUGGAAUCGCGUGACUGGAGAACCUCAAGAUUUUAUAGUGUGCACUCCACAUGUUGCUGGAAUUAAUCUGGUUAAGUUCAUUUGAUCUUUGCUUUGUUGAAAUUUGUAUGAUGAGACUGGAAAAGCAUCAUUCUUCAGGUAUAUUAAUGAUUUUUUUUGCAUCUAAGUUCCUUUUAGGCUGCACUUGACAUUGCUGCUUAGCAUGAAAUGUUCCUGUAGAUAAUCUUGAGAAUAUCCAAAUUAAGACAUAGUUGCAAUAUUUAAGAACCAAUUUUUUUGAAUUCA